UUACUUCGAAAAAGCAAAGCAACAAGCAACAAACAAAAAGUCAACACAAAGCCUUCCUGCAAGGAACGCCAAGGAACAAAAGCACAAAAAAUUUUUUCUGAAAAAGUUAUAAAGUAUUGUUGAAAAAAGAGAAAACAUGGCAAAUCUUCCACUUCUGUUGAGCUUGGCUGACGAUCUCAACCGUCUGUCGAUGGUGCCAUUCUACGACACUCCUUACUACUGGCAGCGCCAAAACCGUAAUCCGCUCCUGGCAUUGGCUGCAGUUCCUCUUGACCAGCAGCUGCGCCAGUUGGAGAAACAAGUGGGUAGCAUUGGUCCAGUAUCGAAGAUUGGCAAGGAUGGUUUCCAGGUGUGCAUGGACGUCGCACAGUUCAAGCCCAGCGAACUAAACGUCAAAGUUGUGGACAACUCAGUCAUCGUCGAAGGCAAGCAUGAGGAGAGAGAGGACGAUCAUGGCUUCAUCACUCGUCACUUUGUGCGCCGCUACGCUCUGCCCGAUGGCUAUGAAGCCGACAAAGUAACUUCAACCUUAUCCUCUGACGGUGUGCUCACUGUCAGCGUGCCGAAGCCAGCGGCCAUCGAAGAUAAGAGCAAUCCUCGUGUUGUCCAGAUCCAGCAGGUGGGACCUGCCCAUCUCAACGUGAAGGAGAACGCCAAGGAGCAGCCAGAGCAAGAAGCCAAAGCCGAGAAAUGAACUGAGCAUCUCAUAAGUUAACUCAUUUUUAGUGUGUAGAUCACACACAUUAUUAUUAUAAUCAAUUAUGGAAGUCAAUAAUUUGUUUGAUAUUUAUGUAUUUAACCUAUUAGCACAUAGCCAUAUAUAUGCAUGCAUACGUAAGUGUGUAUGUACUAUAUGUUUCCUUUACCUAAGCCUUAUAUAUAACUUAUAUUCGAAAUAAAAAAAAAAUUUAAUUACUGUAA